CUCUCUUGUAUCCUCCGAGAACAGAGCCCUCCAAAAUGGCUCCAUAUGUAAGGCUAGAGUGCAGCUCUGUUGGGUUUCGUAAGCAAGUUAGCUAACCCUGCUCAGAACCCAGGCCCACACAGACCUCUCUAUCCAGACCACAGAUCUUCAUCCUGCCUCCUGGUCCUCUGACCUCACGCCCACAUACCGCUUCUCCAGGUCCCUGACACUUGGCAAAUGUUAACACCAUGAGUUUCGUGGCAUACGAGGAGCUGAUCAAGGAAGGCGACACAGCCAUCCUCUCGCUGGGCCAUGGCUCGAUGGUGGCAGUGCGUGUGCAGCGUGGGGCACAGACCCAGACCCGGCAUGGAGUUCUGCGGCACUCAGUGGACCUCAUUGGCCGCCCAUUUGGCUCCAAGGUGAUUUGCAGCAGAGGCGGCUGGGUGUAUGUGCUGCACCCCACUCCUGAGCUCUGGACAGUGAACCUGCCCCACCGCACGCAGAUCCUCUACUCCACCGACAUUGCCUUAAUCACCAUGAUGCUGGAGCUGCGGCCCGGUUCUGUGGUCUGUGAGUCAGGCACGGGCAGUGGUUCCGUAUCCCACGCAAUCAUCCGCAGUAUCGCACCCACUGGCCACCUACACACGGUAGAGUUCCACCAGCAGCGGGCAGACAAGGCCCGGGAGGAGUUCCAGGAGCAUCGGGUGAGCCAGUGGGUGACUGUGCACACCCAGGAUGUAUGCCGCAGUGGCUUUGGUGUGGUCCAUGUGGCUGAUGCUGUCUUCUUGGACAUCCCAUCACCCUGGGAAGCUGUGGGCCAUGCCUGGGAUGCCCUCAAGGUUGAAGGUGGGCGCUUUUGCUCCUUCUCUCCGUGCAUUGAGCAGGUGCAGCGCACGUGCCAGGCGCUGGUGGCCCAUGGCUUCACGGAGCUCAGCACCCUGGAGGUACUGCCACAGGUCUACAACGUGCGGACUGUCAGUCUGCCCUUGCCUGACCUGGGGGCCAACGACUUAGAGGUCAACGUCACCGUGGGCUCUGAUGCAAGCCCCUUCCGUAGUGGGACACCCAUGAAGGAGACUGUGGGCCACACUGGCUACCUGACUUUUGCCACCAAGACCCCAGGCUAGUGGCCUCCAAAGGAGCAUCACAGGCAAGCAGGGAGGCCAGAGGCUUCCUUAUAUGGUCAGCCACUGCCUGUGGGGCUUGUGUUUAGAAAGAGACAGGAGGGCGGGGGCCUCCUGGGUGGUAGAGGGGGGUGAGUAGGCUGGCCCUGCUUAGCCAGGAGGCAUUCCUGUCUUCUGAGAGAGAAGCCUCCACCUCCACACUGCCCAGUGCAAGCUCUGCCCUGGCUCUUUGUUGUCAACAUGAAGUGUCCUCUCCGUAGGCUUGCCUGGGCUUUGAGACCAAACGGUACAGGGCGGCGGGAGCUUUGGGCACUGCCUGAAGCCUGGGCUGACCUGCAGGAGCAUGCAUUGUCCCAUUCCUGGUCCAAGGCUCCAGCCCCUGGUGGGCCAGAGCCUAGCCAGAAGGCCUGGCCCUACCCUCAGCUCCCUGUACUUCCUUGAGGCUGAUGGAGGGACCAGGCUAGCCUAGGAUCAAAGGAGGUGACUCCAUAAUCUUGUGGUGCACAGGUCAUGCGUGAGCACACCUGUGCGAGUACACCUGUGAGUUCCUGGUGUGCUGUCAUCUGGGGUUAGGCUUCAUCCUGUGGAGAUGGAGUGCGGCAGGAUAGGGCCAUGCUGCCAAUGGCCUGUGGAACCAUUGUUGGAGCUGGGGUCAAAGAGCACGUCAUCGAGGAGGCCCAGAGCCCUGGCUGUGGACUCGCUGCAUGUGUCACCGUGGGCUGGUGUCCAUUCCCGCUAUGUGGGUAGCUUUGAGGGAGUUUCAGUGCUCAGGUCAUCUUGAUGUGUGGCUGCCCUGCAGCUGCUGGUGGUGCGUGGAACCAGCCACUGAGAGAUUUACCCAUGUCAUACUGGUAGUGACACAUUGUCGUGUGUCAUACCUGAGAGGAUACCUAACGGAGCAAUAAAUGUUUUACCCCACUGUGCUUAUCCUCCUGGCUGCCAGAAGGGCAGCCCUUCAGCUGUGGUCCAGGCCCACUGCCCACACUUGGCUCCUCUCUGUCCUGAGUAGGUACUGUGGGGUUUCUGAGCUCUGUGUCCUGGGCCCCUCCCCACAUUCCUAUAAGGACCUAACUCGGUGUCCCUGGGGUUGGCUUCCCAGCCUGCCUGCUCUCUGUAAAUCAACCGUAGGUCCUGGAGAGCCCUGUCCUAUGUGCCCUCAGAGCUGUUCGUGCUCCUAGGACCACUAGCCUUGUUCCAGGGACAUGGUCUCAGCACUAACGUAAUACCUAGCCUGAAGGACUGAGGCGAGGCCCCCAGGCAUGUUCAACAUACAGUGGGUGCCUUCAGCACCAGGACCUGCUAAAGGGUUGUAAGCUGGGCACCCUGCUACCUGGCCUGACCAACCCUGGUUAUGUGUCCUUGGGGAAGGGCUCCUGGCCAACAGGUAAAGGUCAAGGAACAGCAUUACUGUGGAAUAGAGCCUGCUCAGUUAUGGGAUACACAGGCCGUAUAGCCAUAAGGCCCAGGUUAUGUCUUUCUCCAUAUGGGUCUCACUGUGGCUAGAUAACUAAAUCCUGGCUUUUGUAGUCUCUGGGCCUUGGAGAGUCUAUCCAACUCCAGUUGACCUCUAAAGUUUAUCCCAGCCCAGACUGGAGCUCCACCCGGCACUGGACUUACCCAUGAGCCUUUGUGUCUCUACAGCUCUGCUCAGGUCAUCCUCUUUAUCAGUUCAUUCAUUAGGUAGUUAGGUUUUAAGGUGGGGUUUUCUCUGUACAGUCCUGGCUGACCUGGAACUUGCUCUAUAAAACUGGCUAGCCUUGAACUCA